AUGGGACCAGCCGGCGGGGGCGCCAACCGGGUGCGCAGAAGCUUCGUGUUUGUUUCCGUGAAAGUGCCGUCCCCGCAGGGCUUUCGCGCUUUCCCGAAGCUCACAUGUAUUGAGCCAAGACGAACUGCGCAGAAAGCUGUACCAGACCUUCAAGGACCCAGGGAUCCUGGGCGCCCUCAAGGUUUUCUUGUGGAGUUUCUGAAAGAGAUAGCAGAAUAUCAUCAGGCUAAAGAGACUUGUGAGAUGGACACUCAGACAAGUCCGUUGUUUCCUCGCAAAGACAUUCUUGCUGAGAAGCGUCAACAGAUUGAUGAUCAGUUUUCAGGUGUUGGAUACCCUCAGUAUCCAACAUUAGGAUAUUUAGAAAUAAAGUUAAAUGAACUAGAACAGCAGCUUCGGGCAGAAAUGCAUGAAAGGUUGAAACACUUAAAAAGUACUGAAGUAGUAAAAAUGAAAAUGGAAGAGAAAGAAAAGUAUAAGAAGGAAUUAGCGGUUUUUGAGAGAGCUUGUCAAGCAAAAUCUGAGGCCUUCCUUUCUUGGAAAGGGAUGUUCCUUGAGAGAAUUCAAAAGCAUCAGGAAACGGAGACAAAAGAAAUUUAUGAUCAAAGGCAGCUUCUACUAAAAGAUAUCAAUUUUCUAAGAAGCAGAGAAGUAGAGCUGAACCAAAGAAUUGAAGCUUUUUAUUGGUAUCAACAUGGACUAAAGGAUGACUACUUCAAUAGAACUAAACUGGUUGAAGAGGACAGGAAGAAUAAAGAAGAUGCUAUUCUUUUGCAAGAGCCACCCUUGGCUGACAAUUCAAAACAGGAAGAAGUUUUGAAUGAUUCUGCAACCAGGGUAAAAGAACUUGAGCUUGAGCUUGAAUCUCUCAAGGCCCAGUUCUUGGAAAUAACCAAUCAAAACCACCUGCUGAAUGAAAAGAUGAAAGAGAUGAGUGACUAUUCACUUCUAAAAGAAGAGAAAUUAGAGCUUCACGCUCAAAAUAAAUUACUUGAACAACAAGUGGAAGAGAGCAGAAAUGAAAACUUCUAUCUCUUAAACUGUAUAGCUCAGUUAUCUCCUGCACUGGUAAAUUUGCAGAAACAGUUGAAGAAAGUGGAAGCUACUAUCGUGUUGGGGCAUAAGAAGUUUGAAACUCACAAGGAGGCUCUGCAUAGACAGCUGCAAAGUGAAAUUGAGAAUGCAAAGCUGAAGGCCCAGAUAUUAGAUUAUGAUGCCUCUGUAAAGAGAUUAACUAUACAGGUGGCUGAUUUAAAAUUGUGCCUGAAAAAUUCUGCAGCUCUGGAAAACGAAGUCUACUACAAUCCAAAGCCAUCUCUAUUCCAUCGUUCUGGCAAUGGAUUUACGAUGUCUCCUAAUGGUGAAACAAGCAGGGAUUUCUUGAAAAAUCUUCUUAAACAGGAAAAGCUGAUGGCAGACACAGUUACACCAAGGAUCAUAAAUUAUCCAGAUACAAGUACCGUUGGUUGCUCCCUGUUUCUUACCUUGCAUUUUAACCACACCAAGGCAAGAAUGAAAGAGCUAGAGCAAGAGAUUGAUUACUUAGAAAAAGCUUUCUUAGAUUACUAUCAGAGAAUUAGUCAGUACUCUUCUAUUGCUAGAAGCCCACUAGCAUUGAAGAGCCUGCCUCCCCACAUUUUCAAGAAACUCUUGAGCAUCGUUUCAGAUUCCUCAGAAAGAUGUACUUUUGAGAAAGAAGGCAGGAUGGCAGAAGUGCUGGGCAGUGCACGCUCACAGCUCUGCACAGGCUCUGACAGAUGCCUCUCUUUCACUCCCCUUGCUAAAUGAAGCCUUGAUGAUGAAAUGUUUCUGGAAGGUCUAGGCCAAUCUCAUGAUGCUUGUUCCAGUCCUUGUCCUGAAAGAAUGCUCCAGCCUUUAGCAACUGAAUCUAGGCACAGCCUUUCCAUCCAUUCAGUCUCAAACCUUUUGGAGCAGAAAGCUGAUCUUUAUCAAACACAAAGUGAAGUUCAAGACAGAAAUGAAUUUUCAAAUGUGGAUGAGCUAUCUUGUAAGGAUAAUGAGGAAUUUGGAUCAUCUUUUGAACGUAAGUUCAAAUAUGCAGCAGACAUGCCUAUACAGUUUGAAGUGAAUGGCCUUCAUCCUGCUGGUGACAUGCCUCCUUUGGAAACUGCCUUAGGUGCUCCUCCUGCCAGACCUAUCUCCUCUCAAUACUCAAGUGCAGAUGAGAAAGAAGUUAGAGGAGAGAGUGAAGAAGAAAGAAUAUGGAACUUGCUGAAAGAACACAAGCGGAGAGAAGAAAGAAGGCAGAAUGAACAGAAAGCUUUAGAAAGGGAAUGGAGGAAACCAGAAAAACUGGGUCAAGAAAGGAAGAUGAUUGGAAAGUCUUUCAAGACUGAAAUGGAGAAACAAUUAGAAAUGAGUGCUCAGGAAAUGGAAGACAAAUCUGUAUGUGGUGAAUAUGCUUUGAAGAAAUACAUGCACAUCACCCAGAAGGAUAGAGACAUAAAGAAGGUGGAUAAGAGCUCAAUAAAGGGUGUUAGAGAAGGCUCACAAGUGAACACGCUGCCUCUAGUGACAAAGACUAAAGUUUCACAGGCCUGUCUCAUGAAGAACCAGGUGACUUGGUAACCACCUGUGCUGCCAAACUUUUUUCUCAUGAACACAAUAUAAUAAAAAGAAUACUCAAUAAAAGUUGUUUGUUUAAU